AUGCCGUCUUAUGUAACCGAUGCUGAUCUCUCAAGUAGUGAGCUAGCAUUUUGUGGUGCAGUAGCCGGAGUUGUUUCAAGAAAUAAACAGUCCCCAACACUUAUGCAUGAAUACGAAAGAGCUGUCAUUGCACCUUUAGAUGUCGUGAAGAUUCGAAUGCAACUUCAAACACAUCGAACUCAUUUUGGUUUUAGAAAAGAUGGGCCAAAUGUAGCAAAUGUAAAGUAUUCCAACAUAACACAAGCUUUUCGAACUAUUCUAAAGGAAGAAGGGAUCAGGGGAUUGUAUAAAGGAAACAUGCCAGCAGAAUAUUUGUACCUGUCCUACAGUGCAGUUGAAUUUUGGGCUUACAAACAACUUGAACAAUUUAUUGAAACAGUAGACAAAAAUCAAAGAGUACCACAUACAUUGAAAACCUUCGGUAGCGGUAUGUUAGCUGGUUGCGCUGCAACAUCCGCUACAUAUCCUUUUGAUUUGCUAAGGACCAGGUUUGCUGCACAACAGCAACAGAAGCACAACGUGACCGUCGCACGAGCCAUGAUAAAUAUAUACAAACUAGAAGGCUUCAAAGGAUUUUAUAGAGGCUUAUGGCCAGCCAUAGUUCAGAUAAUGCCUUAUAUGGGUUUAUUGUUUUCAACGUACGAUCUAUCAGCAAAAGCAUUUAAAAGACUCAGAGACGAGCAAAUUGUAAAUGCAAGUUACAAGCCCACACAUGACAUGAUAAGUGGUGCAGCCUCCGGCCUGGUCAGUAAAACAAUAGUGUAUCCUUUCGAUUUGAUUCGAAGACGGAUGCAAAUGGAAGGAAUGGAUAAUAAUCACGUUGUGACGAACGUGAAGAGUCGAUCUCUGUGGUGUUCGUUCCGUAUAGUCAUCAAACAAGAGGGUUUUCGAAGUUUAUAUAAGGGCCUCGCACCUUCUCUUGUGAAAGUUGGGCCAGCUAAUGCAGUAACAUUUAUGAUUUUUGAGGAAACAAAAGAUGUACUGUUAUGGUUUAAUAAGAGGAAGAAAGGUGAUGAAACCCUGUAA